AUUACUAUAAAUAAAUAACAUUCAUUCAUUUCCAACUUCUUCUUGUUGCUCCUCUCUUUUCUCUCUCUCUCUUCCACCCACCCAUUUUCUAGAGAGAGAAACAAACUUAACUUAUAGAGAGAGAAACAGAAGCUCCGAAACCGCGUUAUUCACUUCUACUUCUCGCUCUUCAACCGGAUUGUGUUUUUGGUUCCCUUGUUUGCUAUGGCUGCUACAGCAACUGCCUCAGUGGGUCCCCGGUAUGCACCACCUGAUCCCACACUUCCUAAACCAUGGAAGGGUCUUGUGGAUGGCAAGACUGGCUAUCUUUACUUUUGGAAUCCUGAGACUAAUAUCACUCAGUAUGAGAGGCCUUCGAGCUCCGCUGCCCCACCGAAGUCUUCUUCAGUCCCUAACUCUUCUGUCCAGGUUCAGCAAUCAUCUCAAGGACGUGGUCGUAGUCCUGAUUUCAGUGAUAGGUAUGAUAGGAAUGGAAAUGGUGGGUCAAAUGAAGGUGGAUCCAGGAACCAUCAGAGUUCCAAAGGUGCCACCUCUCAAGAUAAUGUUGCAAAUGGAAAUGUUAGUUCUAUCAAAGCUCAUGUGGCACCAGAUACAGGACCUGCAUUAUCUCCAGAGGCUUAUAGACGUCGUCAUGAGAUCACUGUUACGGGAGAUAAUGUUCCUGCUCCCGUGACAUCAUUUGCAUCCUCUGGCUUUCCAUCUGAGAUUCUUAGAGAGGUACAAAAUGCUGGGUUCUCAGCCCCAACUCCAAUUCAGGCACAAUCAUGGCCCAUUGCCCUUCAAAGUAAAGAUAUAGUUGCCAUUGCUAAAACAGGUUCAGGAAAAACCUUGGGGUAUUUGCUUCCAGCAUUUAUUCAUCUCAAGCGUACUAAUAAUAACGCCAAAAUGGGCCCCACUGUUUUGGUACUUUCACCAACAAGGGAGUUGGCAACACAGAUUCAAGAUGAAGCUGUGAAGUUUAGUAAAACAUCAAGAAUUGCCUGCACUUGCUUGUAUGGAGGAGCACCAAAGGGUCCUCAAUUGAGAGAUAUUGACCGUGGAGCAGAUAUUGUGGUAGCCACUCCUGGUCGCCUGAAUGAUAUUCUUGAGAUGAGGAGAAUCACGCUUCACCAGGUCUCUUACCUAGUGCUAGAUGAGGCAGACCGGAUGCUGGACAUGGGUUUUGAACCUCAAAUUAGGAAGAUUGUGAAUGAGGUGCCCGCUCGCAGGCAAACUCUCAUGUUUACUGCAACAUGGCCUAAGGAGGUUAGGAGAAUUGCAGCUGAUCUGCUGGUCAAUCCUGUCCAAGUGAACAUUGGCAAUGUAGACGAGCUUGUUGCUAACAAAUCCAUCACUCAGCAUAUUGAAGUUUUGGCACAUAUGGAGAAACAGAGACGACUGGAAAGUAUUUUGCGGUCACAGGAUCAAGGAUCAAAGAUAAUUAUUUUUUGUUCUACCAAGAAAAUGUGUGAUCAACUUGCUCGUAAUCUUACACGCCAGUUUGGAGCUGCUGCUAUACAUGGGGAUAAAUCCCAAGCUGAUAGGGAUCAUGUGUUGAAUCAGUUUCGAAGUGGAAGGACUCCUGUGCUUGUAGCCACAGAUGUUGCAGCUCGUGGACUGGAUGUGAAAGACAUUAGAGUGGUUGUCAACUAUGACUUCCCUACAGGAGUGGAGGAUUAUGUUCAUAGGAUUGGAAGGACUGGUAGGGCUGGAGCCACUGGUAUAGCUUACACUUUCUUUGGGGACCAGGAUGCUAAACAUGCUUCAGAUCUCAUAAAAAUCUUAGAGGGUGCAAACCAGAAAGUCCCUGCAGAACUUCGUGAGUUGUCAUCCCGGGGUGGUGGUGGGUUUAGCAGGUCCAAAUAUCGUUCUGGUGGUCGUGGUGAUUCUGGAUUUGGUGCAAAGAGUUAUGACUCUGGGUAUGGUGGAAGGAGUAAUGAUGCAGGAUAUGGUGGAAGAGGUAGUGAUUCAAAUUAUGGUGGAAGGGGUGGAUAUGGGUCUUCUGCUGCUUUUGGAAGAGGUGGAGGCCGUGGAUUUGACUAUGACUCACAGAGGAAUGAAAGAGAUCGAAGCCCUGAGAGAGGAUCUAGCUGGAGUGAUCGCUUCAAAACUGUCAAUCGCGAACGCAGCCGCAGUCCUGCCAAGGCUGCACCAUCUCAAAAUGGCCCAGUCAGCUUUCACCAAGCAAUGAUGCAACGCAGUGGAGGAGGUGGCGAUCGUAACAAGAGCUUUAACCGGGAGCGAAGUCGCAGUCCGGCAGGCCGUGAACGAUCCCCUUCUUCCCCUGGUGGCGGUAGGUCCAACAACAGUCCAAAGAAAGGGUGGGGAGGAUCUUCAGGUGAUGGAAGAAACGGUGGUUCUCAUUCAUACAAUGGAGAAAUGGAGGAAGGGAUGAUUCCUGAUGAAGAAGGAAUGAUUGGUCAUGAUGAUUCUACAUAUCAAAGUGCAAAUUAGAAUUUUGGGUAUUCCUACUUUGACCGUAUAUGUUAAGGUAAUUUUGGUCCACUUUCAGUUGUUGAAGUGUAUUGCUACAUGGACACAUGCAAUAUAGGAUCUGGAAGUGGAAUUAAUGGCAAAUGUAUAUUUUGAGAGGCUGAGUAAAAGCCUGAUGGGUGAAGAACCUAGUAACAAAUAUGUUAAUGGUUUAAUUGGUUUUAUGAUAUUUUGGUAAAAGUUUAGUUUAUAUCCAGGUUCAUUAGUCUACUUAGCCAAGCUAGAAAUUAUUUAAGCCACUAUGGAAUGUUGCACCCAUCGGUUACUAAUCGAGCUGCAGCAUAGUUUUUGGUUUAAAAAGUGGCGAACAAAAGCAAUGCUUUGUUAUUUUGAUUUACAACAUAUCAAUGUUGUGUUUGUAAUAUGCUUGAACUGUGUUUGGACAUUUUUAUUACAGAAAUCCUUCAUUAUAUUGACUGGA